AUGCGUGCAACAACCCUGUGCCUCACAUCUCUAGCCCAAGUGGCACUGGCUUCUACGCUGUACAGCAACUCUUUCGGAGUACCUGGACUCAAUGCCACCUAUGACUAUGUCGUAGUGGGUGGUGGUACUGCUGGGUUGACGAUUGCUGCACGACUCGCCGAGGACCCCAACAUCUCUGUUGCCGUCAUAGAGGCGGGAGGUUUCUACCAGCAAGAGAAUGGCAAUGGAAGCGUCAUUCCCGGGUUAUGCACAACGCAAUUCACAGGCUCAGAUCCCGACGACACCCAACCUCUCAUAGAUUGGGGCUUCACAACAACACCACAAGCAGGCAUCAACAAUCAGAUUUCACACUAUGCCCGUGGCAAAACGCUAGGCGGAUCUUCUGCCAGAAACUACAUGGCUUACCAUCGAGGUACAAAUGGCAGCUACGGAAUGUGGGCUGACCAGGUCGGGGAUGAAAGCUACAGGCUCUCCAACCUCGAUCAAUACUUUCAACGAAGUAUCAACAUCACAGCCCCGAACGUUGACCUUCGCAAAACCAAUGCUACCGUCAACUACAAGGUGAAGUUGAACCAUGCUCAAGACGGUUACUAUCAUCCUCUACAGCUUUCGUGGUCGAACUGGGUAGCUUCCAUCUCAACAUGGACAUAUGCUGCAUACCGAACUUUGAGUCUCAUCCCAAAUGCAGCUGGAUUUGAGAGUGGAGACUUGGACGGAUACUUUUACAAUCCUUCGACAAUCACUCCGGAUACUCAGCACCGUUCAUCAUCGCAGACCAGCUUUCUCGACUAUGCUAUGCGGACCACCUCAAUCAAGGUGUACACCCACGCAUUGGCCCGCCAAAUAUUGUUCACACAUGACAAGGUUGCGACUGGUGUGCUUGUACAGUCAGGAUCCAAAAACUACACACUCAGCGCUACAAAAGAGGUCAUUCUUUCCGCAGGAGCAUUCCAAUCGCCUCAGAUGCUGAUGGUAUCUGGUAUCGGACCAAGGGAAACCCUUCAGAAGUAUGGCAUUCCAGUCAUCGCGGAUCUGCCCGGAGUGGGACAAAACCUCCAGGAUCAACCGACGAUUGGAUCAGUGUACCGCGUGAACGUGCCGACUUCCUCGAAGUUGGUGAACGAUCCCGAGUAUGCAGCCGAAGCUGCCGCAUCGUACUUAGCUAACGGCACUGGUAUAUACGCUGCACCUCCUGGUAUCCUCGCAUUCGAGAGGAUCUCCGAGUCAAGGCCGGAAUUAUUGUCGAAUGACACAUUAUUGGCCCUCAAAUCAAUCCCAGACGAUUGGCCACAGCUCGAAUAUCUCACUCAAGAUGGCUACGUAGGCACGAAUAGGAAUUACCGUACCGCCGAUCCAGGAGAUGGCUACAACUACGCCUCCAUAUCGAUGGUCGUCGUUUCGCAAUUCUCCAAAGGCAACGUCACCAUCUCGUCCGCCGACGCAUCCGUGCAGCCAGUCAUUAACCCGAACUGGCUAACCGCGCCCGAAGAUUUUGACUUGGCCAUUGCCGGCUUCAAGCGCACGCGCGAGAUUUGGAGCCACAUUAAUGUUACUAUUGGCCCAGAACACCUUCCAGGACCGAAUGUUACUACCGAUGCACAGAUUUUGGACUACAUCCGGGACGCCGCAUUCACUCUAUACCACGCUUCGGCCACCUGCAAGAUGGGUCGAAUCGAUGAUAAGAUGGCUGUUGUUGACUCCAAAGCUCGCGUGUAUGGUGUACAAGGCUUGAGAGUGGUGGACGCUUCUGCUUUCCCAUUCUUGCCGCCAGGUCAUCCCCAAGCUACUGUUUAUAUGCUGGCCGAAAAGAUCGCGGAGGAUAUCAAGAGAGGAUAUUAG